GGCCCCCGCCUUUUCCAACACUCUUCCUGCUCCACGCCUGACCACUCCACCUCCAGCCGCAGUAUUCCCCGGAAUCUUCCUUCCUCCGCCUCCGAUUCCCCUCCUCCUCUGCUCCCACCUCCACCCCCGCCGAGCUCCCCGCCCGCCACCUGUUCGACCAAACGCCCCGCCCCUUCCUACAUAUACGCGCGCGCCAUUCCACCCUUGCUCCCGCCAAUCACCCGGCGACCGCGACGCGACCGACCGGCACGAUGCUCAAGGUGCUGAACCCCACCCCGAUCCGGCUCCGCCCGGCGUGCCGCGCAUCCUCCUCGGCGGGGUGCGCGCGCGCGGCGCGGCGCGGUGGGCCGCCGCGGCGGGCGGUCCCGCAGCAGCAGCCGCCCGUGCGCCGGCCGUCCGGCGACCGGUGCGUGCCGUGGCGCGGCGCGGCGCCCUCGGGCCCCGCCUCGCCGUCCGUGUCCCCGGCAGUCGCCACCCCGGCGCCCGAGGCGCGGGCCGGGGCCAGGGGUGAGAUGGAGGCGUUCCUCGAGGUGGUGCCGGCGAGGAUGCGGCGGGAGCUCGCGCUGCACCCGGAGGUCUGGGACCUGGUGGAGGUCGUCAUGGACCUCGGCCGCCGCCCGCUCGCGCGGUUCCCCUCCGGGGACUGGGUCAUCUCCGACCAGCCCGUCACCGCCGACGACCUCCGCCAGGCCGUCUCCAAGGUGGGCAAUUUCUCCGAGGACAACCGAUCCGGGAUCAACCACUCGUUGCACCGGAUCAGCGCCAUCCGGAACCGCAAGGCUCACAUAAUUGGCCUCACUUGCCGUGUCGGACGGGCUAUAUCGGGCAGCGCGGAGAUGAUCCGUGAUCUGGUGGUGGGAGGCGGCUCCAUAUUGGUGAUUGGACCCCCUGGAGUAGGGAAGACCACUCUGAUCAGGGAAAUAGCUAGAAUCCUGGCAGAUGAGGGUAACAAACGUGUGAUCAUAGUGGACACAUCUAAUGAAAUAGGAGGUGAUGGGGAUGUACCUCACUCCGGCAUUGGGCGCUCUAGGAGAAUGCAAGUUCCUAAAGUUACGAUGCAGCAUAACGUGAUGAUUGAGGCUGUUGAAAAUCACAUGCCGGAAGUUAUUGUGAUCGAUGAGAUUGGUACAGAACUUGAAGCAAUGGCAGCCAGCACCAUUGCUCAAAGAGGCGUUCAACUUGUUGGAACUGCUCAUGGGGUGACAAUUGACAGCAUAAUUAAGAACCCUUGCUUGCAAAUGCUUGUUGGUGGGAUUGAGAGUGUGACUCUUGGAGAUGAAGAGGCAAAGAAGCGGAAAGUUCAAAAAACAAUUCUUGAGAGAAAAGGGCCCCCAACAUUUUCAUGUGCUGUUGAGAUGGUAUCUAAGACUGAAUGUCGAGUGCACUACAAGUUAGAAUCUACAGUUGAUGCUAUUCUUGCAGGGAAGCCUCCUAAGUUUGAAGCUCGCAUGAUGAAUAGCAAGGCCGCCGAGUCAGGAGGAUCUUUGGUGAUAUCUGAAAGAGUGUCUGAAUCAGAACACUUACCUGCGUAUCAGGAAGAUCUGGUCACCAGGGCGGUCACACCAGAAGAUAAAUUCGCCGAUGAUUUUGGUUCCUCCAGGCAAACAAACAACAGCAUCCCAUCAGGCGAUAAUGUCAAUGGUGAUUUUGGUUAUGCAAAGAAAACAAAAGGCAAAACAUAUGUGGCUGGAAGGCCUCCAGUACGUGUUUACACUUACCAGGUUUCAGAAGCUGAUAUCUUGCAAGUAGCAACAGUGAUGGGUUUUGAGGAUGAAUUAGACAUAACAGAUGACAUUGAGGCGGCCAAUGUGAUUCUCGCGUCAAGUUCUGAAAUGAAGCAGAAUCCAUGGAUUCGUAAUGUUGCCAAGUACCACAAGCUUCCGAUAUUUGUUGUUAAGACAAAUACGAUGGCUCAGAUAGUAAAGGCUGUCAAAAUGAUUGUUGGAAGAGAUAAGCUUAAUGCACCAUCACGCAAGCAACCUAAAGUUUUGGAAGGAGAGAUAGAGAUUGAAGAUGAUGCUCCGAAACGGAAGCCAUCAUUGGAGGAAAUUGAUGCAUUGGAGGAGGCCCGGCUGGCAAUUGAAUACAUUGUAAUCCCGGGCGGGGAGCCCGUCGAACUCCUCCCAAGGUGUUCAGAAAUUGUUGCUCGUCAGCUGGAGCUCGUUGAGAGCUACCAGCUCCUUGCCGAGACCUUCGGAACCGACCCCAAUUCAAGGCUGCAGAUUCUUCCAGUGAAAAUAGCAAAGAAGACCUCAGGCCAGGGCGCUCAGGGGCAGACGUCCACCAAGAAGAACGGCUCGGACCUGAUCGUCAGCGAGAACGGCGGGGGCUUCAGCUUCUCCCGUCUGCCAUUUCUGCCGAAGUGACACCUUAGUUUGACUCUCUGAUCACCGUUGCCGAAAUGUAAAACACCAUUCUUCUCCCUCUUCUUCUCCUUCAUCUUCUUGUUGUUGUACAGCGCUGUGCACAGUAGUGUAAAUAGUGUUUUAAUGUCCAAGAAUUGAAAGAGCAAAGCUAAUUGUAAUUGCCUUCCAUUCUUUUACCAAAAAAGAGUUCCUCACAUCCUGUAACUUGUAGUUGUGUAUAGCUCAGCUGGAUUUGGUCUGUUGACUGCAACCUACAUUGGGGAUGAUGAUGCAAAAAACUGUAUAUAUAUAUAUGAAGAUAUAAUAUAGUGUUCAUAUAAAGUUAUAGCAA